AUGCAUUUGAUCCCGAUGAGUGUCGGUUGCGUGGGGGGCUCUGUCUUUUCAGUGCCCCCCAAUGCACUAAAGCCUGGGCGGGUUGAUGAGGAGGAGGAAGAGAGGAAGCUAAAGGGGGGAGCCCAUUUUCUUCCUUGCAGACGGAUCGCUGGCUGGAUUGCAAUUUGCAAAGGGAGCAUGAUUGUUGAACAACACCUUGCGCGCAACAUCUGUGCUCUGCUAGCUCUGGAGAUGGACAGAUGUCAGGGGAAGCACCGACAGUACAUACAGAGGAUGGCGGAGCCUCGCUUUAACAACCCCUACUUCUGGCCGCCCCCUCCCACCAUGCCCAGCCAGCUGGACAACUUGGUUCUGAUCAAUAAAAUCAAGGAGCAGCUGAUGGCAGAGAAGAUCCGGCCCCCUCACCUGCCCCCCACCUCGGUGUCCUCCCAGCAGCCCCUGCUGGUGCCCCCCUCGCCCGCGGAGAGCAGCCAGUCCAUCAUGUCCCUCCCCAAACUGCAGCAGGUCCCAGGGCUGCACCCACAGGCCGUCCCCCAGCCUGACGUGGCCCUGCAUGCCCGGCCGGCCACCAGCACGGUCACAGGUCUGGGGCUGGCCUCCCGUGCCCCUGCAGUCAGCACCUCGGAAUCCAGCACUGGCACCAGCACCCCCUCCACCCCCACCUCCACCAGUCAGAGCAGACUCAUCGCCUCCUCGCCCACCCUCAUCUCAGGGAUCACCAGCCCCCCGCUCCUGGACUCCAUCAAGACAAUCCAGGGCCACAGCCUGCUGGGGGCGCCCAAGUCAGAGCGAGGGAGGAAGAAGAUCAAGGCGGAGAACCCGUCGGGGCCGCCCGUCCUCGUGGUGCCCUACCCCAUCCUGGCCUCGGGCGAGACCGCUAAAGAGGGCAAAACCUACAGGUGUAAAGUCUGCCCCCUGACCUUCUUCACCAAGUCGGAGAUGCAGAUCCACUCCAAGUCGCACACAGAGGCCAAACCCCACAAGUGCCCGCACUGCUCCAAAUCCUUUGCCAACGCCUCCUACUUGGCCCAGCACCUGCGCAUCCACCUGGGCGUGAAGCCGUAUCACUGCUCCUACUGUGAGAAAUCCUUCCGCCAGCUCUCCCAUCUCCAGCAGCACACCAGAAUUCACACUGGCGACAGACCCUACAAGUGCCCACACCCUGGCUGUGAAAAGGCUUUCACGCAGCUCUCCAACCUCCAGUCACACCAGCGACAGCACAACAAGGAUAAGCCCUACAAGUGUCCGAACUGCUACCGGGCGUACUCGGACUCGGCAUCGCUGCAGAUCCACCUCUCUGCACACGCCAUCAAACACGCCAAGGCCUACUGCUGCAGCAUGUGUGGGCGGGCCUACACCUCGGAGACGUAUUUGAUGAAGCACAUGUCCAAACACACCGUGGUGGAACACCUAGUGAGCCAGCACUCGCCUCAAAGGACGGAGUCCCCUGGCAUCCCAGUGCGGAUCUCACUCAUCUAAUCUGGGGCUCCCUCGCCCACCCCUACCCUGCGCAGCUCUCCUCCCCCCAAUUCCGGAUCGCCAGGGGCCAGAGGGCGGCUUGGAGACGAUCACACAGACCACCCCCCCAGCACCGCCACCGAGUGCCCGCGCCUGCCGAGCCACGGGGAGCGACUGCGAAGACACUCAUCUUUUGGGAGAAAUUAAUGAAUGAAUUAAUGUUUGGAAAACACCCCUCGGCCCUGGCCCCGUCCCCAGCACCCUGCCGGGAGAGCCAGGGACUUGUCCACAGUUUUGGUGAAAUCCAAAGACUAUUUCAGAGCACUUUGAAUCUCUGUGUUUGGUUUCUUCAUUUUCUUUCUUUUUUUCCCCUUCUUUCUGCCCCCACCCCCAUCCUCCGUGCUCCUUUCUGCUCUCUUUUGGAUACAAGUAGAGAUAUAUAUAUAUAUAUUGGCCAAGAAGUUGGUGCUGCUAAAACCGAAAACCCGAACUGGACAGAGAAGCGCUGGAUGGCG